AUGGCGGCGCCCUCCAUACCGAACCUCCUUUCCAUGCGUGGCGGCGACAGAGGCGGCAGAGGCGUAGGGGGCGGACGGGCGGCUGUUGUUGCUGCCUCUGCCGGCGCCUCUCCAGAUGCCGUUAUUCAAGACACCGACACGGAUGCGGCCGUGUCGCGACUGAGUGCCGUCCAGCUUGGCUAUCUCGACGAUCCCUACGCCGAGUGUUUUGUGUCGGGUCCGCCUACGAGAAGGCUGCCCAUCAUCAAUCGAGGGACCUACGUCCGGACUCGGGCACUCGACAUGAUCAUCACUGCCUUUCUUUCCGCGCCCAACGAACCUGGUGACAAGGGCCCCAGGCAAAUCGUCGCUCUGGGCGCCGGCACCGACACGAGGCCGUUUCGGCUACUUGAAUCGCACUCGCCUCAGGAACUCAUCUACCACGAAAUCGACUUUGAGCCCACAUGCCGACGAAAGUACCAGACAGUCCGCACGAUACCUGCGCUGGCGAGCAGACUCGAAGAUGUUGAGGUGGCAGAGAGUGGCUCAUGGAGCGCACGAUGGCGGCGCGGCGGCGAAUACCACUGUCAUGCGGUCGACCUCCGCCACAUUCACGAAAGCCUCACUCCGGUCAUGGGCGCCGCGAUUCGAACGAAUGUGCCCACGCUCAUCCUCUCCGAGUGCUGCCUCUGCUACCUCACCCACCAAAACUCGGAGCGCGUCCUCGACUUGUUUCAAUCGAGGAUAGCCCGCCUGGCCAUUGCCGUCUACGAGCCCAUGCCACUGGACGACAGCUUUGGUAAAGUCAUGAUGUCGAAUCUCAAGGCGCGCAAGAUCUAUAUGCCCAGCUUGGAGCGGUACAGGGAUCCCCGGGGCCAAGAGGAGCGGCUGCGGGAUGCGGGGUUCGAGACGGUUGGACACGCGACCAUCAAGGAUGCCUGGGAGACAUGGGUCGACAGCCAGGAAAAGGCGAGACUGGACGCGUUGGAAGGGCUGGACGAGGUCGAGGAGUGGCAGCUGCUGGCGGCGCACUACGUGGUGGCCUGGGGGGCCAAGCAGACGGGCUUUUCCGACUUUGGGAGAAGAGCCAUGGCGAAUAUGGGUGGACGCAUGUAG